GGCGUAAUCGUGGGCCCGCGCGACGCUCUACGUGUCCACGCCAGCGAGCGGCUGCCCACGACGGGGACCACCACGGCGCUGCAGGAGGAAUUGGACUCGCACCUAGUGCAGCUCCUGAGGAAGAGCGGGCCCAAGGUGCGUAUUGCCGAGCUGGAUGUGUCGCGAAACCCGCUUGUUGCGGACCAGGUGGGCUCAUUACUCUCGAUGCUCGCUCAUAACAGGGUGCUCGUCGAGCGCCUGCGCUUUGCUGGGUGCCCCAACUUGGACGACGACGCCGCCCGCCGGAUUGCAGAAUAUUCGAAGUGGGCGUGUCCACGUUGA